ACAUUUUUUUCAGUGUACAAGACGACGGUCGGAUUUUUACCUUCUCUUGCGUUGUGCAAAGUUUGCAGCGAAAAAAUAGUGAUCCCGUUUCGGGGACAUAGCAAAAGCGAACAAAACUUGCGUCAUAUCACGGUUGGCAGAUUCGGUUCCACCCGGAAAGUAUUUGCCGGAGGUAAAAACGGUUCCGGAGAGCUUAAACGUAGCAGCAGCUGCAUCGGAAGGAAAGACGGAAGUAAAGCAACAGGAAUUCACUGAACAACAGUCAAAAGUGUGGAUUGGUCGGGGACUACACAAAGAGUCGAGUGGGGAAAAUGAGACGACCAUUGGAUUGUCGACGGAAAUAGAAAGCAAACAACAAAAGUGACUAUUGGCACCCAGGAAUAGGAAGAAACGAGGAUAUUCGAAAAGAAGAGAAGCAGGAAAAUGAAAAUGGCCAGCAGCAAGCGCACGUUUCGUGUUUUCGGUCUGUUGGUGAUCUUCUUGCAACUGGAGGCACAGGUUCAAUCGGAACAGCCGCAGAUGCAGCAACAACACCAAAACGAACAGCUAAGUUUCGGUGCACAGGAGAUGUUUUCGUCCUCGUCGCAGGAUUUAAUGGAUGAGAUGUUCCAAAGAGGAGAUACCGUCGGGAGAGGAUCCGGACUAUUAGGUACCGAAAAGACGAGCCCAGAGUUGGUGGGAAAUUUAGUUUUCCAACCAAGCUUGCUGGAUUUCUUGGAGCGGUCAAUUGGUGAUCCGCACAACCAAGUGGUGAUUUUGAUAAACAAACACAAAAACAGGAGCGUAUUUCUUGGUUCAAUAUCCGGCAGUACGUCGGAUUUCUACAGUUCAUACUUUAAGGAAUCGGUUAUUCCGCCGGAAGGGAACACCACUUUUAAUGUCGUAUUUCUACCUCGACAGCUCGGAGCAACAGCUGGAUCCAUUGAGAUCCAUACGUCUUUUGGGCUGUUACAUUAUCAUGUCAAAGGAGACGGUAUCGAGUGCCCCUACAGACUUAAACCUUUGGUGGGUAUAUCGGCUCCGUUGAAUGCGACACUUACGCCUGAGAUAACUCUCUACAAUCCUCACGACACACCGCUGCAAAUCAUGGAAAUUUACAGCAGUGGUGGAAAUUUCCAGUUGGAACUGCCCAGUGGUGCACAGGAAGGCCCACAAGCCCUUUGGGAAAUUCCUCCUCAUAGUACGAGGAGCGUAAUUCGUGUUCGGUUCCACGGAAAAACACCUGGAAAUCAUACAUCUUACGUGAAUAAAAUUUCCGGUGGGAACGACGUUCCAACGCUCAUUGAAAAAAUGCUUGUGGUUCCAAUUGAGAUCGAGAUCAAGAAGCAUACUGGAUAUUACACAAAGGAACCUUUUCUGGAUCUCACUGUCGAAAAUGCUAAAGAAAAUAUAACCAAAGUUAGCUGGAAUCUGACCAAUUCUGGCCAACGUCGGAUGAUUAUCAAAAGUUGGGGUGCCUUUUUUGAUGAUGGUGCAUUUGUGUACGGUUCAAAGGUUUACAUAACAUGGAGGCCGCAACCUAUGCUUAACUUCGAGAUUGAUUGGACCAAAUAUCCAGAAAAAUCGUUAGCACAGGGAAGCUUGAGUGUUUCAUACUAUGAGCCUCCUAAUCCUGAGUUUUACUUCACCAUCCCUUUUAAUGUGCAGUUGCUUAGAGGGAAUCUGAAAUACGAUACGGAAAUUCUUAAAUUUCUAAUAUCAGAUGAUGGCCGUCACGCAGAUCAAAAUACACAACUUCAUGAACCCCGGCGUUUGGUUAUUCGCAAUAACUUCAACGUGCCAUUGUUAAUCUCAAACAUCAGUGUACCUGCAGAUUGCUCGAACAAUUUUCAAAUCACCCAUUUCGUACCCAAAACAUUGCGACCGGAGCAGGAAGAAACAAUACUCCGGAUAUCACGGAUCGUAACCGAAAAUUUCAACCGAUCCGUUUCGUCAUACAUUCGUUUGAUGACUAAUGUCACCGAAUACGAACUACCUAUCUACAGCUAUACCGGGAUGUUGAAACGCAUUCUUCCGUUCUCUACCACUACACCUCGUCCUCCCGAAGAGUACGAAAUGCUGGACCUGGACGAUAAGGAACUUAACUUUGGUAUACUACCGAUCUCAACGAUCGGCGAAACGCUGAUCGCCUUUUUCAAUGCCAAUCCAGUGGAGAUCCCCAUUCUGCACUGGAAAGGAGCCAUCACCUCGCAAGGUUCCGGGGCGCCCACCAUCACCGUGAUUUUGCGCGGCUGUGGACCACACACGGGAGAGAACCUCUUUCUCUGCCAUACCAUUCUACCGAAGCAUUGGAUCGUGUUUCAGGUCAGUGUGCAGUCGAGCACGACGGACAGCUAUCAGGGCCGGUUUAGUAUAACCACCGACUACGAGGAGAUCGUGACUCCGAUCAGUUUCACCACUGCCGUUGGUAAGCUGGAACUCAACCGAGAGCUACUGUACUUCGAUGAUUGCUUCCCGGGGAAGCUAUGUUCGGUGAACCUGACGGCACAUUCAACGUUUCUAUCGAAGAUCCACGUGGAGGGCAUCAAGACAGACGUUGACGGGAUCGAGUUUGCGGUGGAUGGCCGCCAGCCGGUCAUUCACCCCAACACGGUAACCAACAUAGGCCGACUGCUGUUCGAUCCAAAAAUGAUUUGCAAGACGGACUGCUACAGCAGCUUUGAUCUUCUGUCGAAACCGUUUGGGGUCAAGUGGAUGGCCACGCUCGAUAAUUACGAACAGUAUAAGAAGCUGGACAGCGAGAAACUGCUUCAGCAGUUGAAACUGUACUCGGAGAUGAGAAAUUCGUGGAAGAGCAUCAAGUUUCAGCUGGCUACGGAUCCCAUCAGGAAGUUCGAAUUCAAUGCUACAGUGGAUCUGGUGUGGCCAAAGCUUCUGACGGAGAAUAUCCACUUUCCUACGUUACAGAUAGAGCAAGAGGCAGUAAAACUUAUUACUAUUAACAAUCCGUCGGAUCAGAUUCUUUUCGUACACUUGGUGCUACACGAUGUGAACAUCCACGGGCAGGACAUCAGCGAGUUACCGUCAGAGAUUCUGUCCAAGUGCGAAAAUUGCAGUUUGAGUGAGGAAAAUAUGUUUUCAUUUUUUCUGUUCGAUUAUGACGACAUUUACGUGAACUACGUGAAACCCAAAUCAUUUCUGAAAAUAGCCGUCAAGUUCACGUCGAAAGUGCCAGGGACUUACUCCACGAUUUUCUACAUGCGCAACAAUCUCACACUGAUCGACGCUGUUUGGAUCCAAGCCAAAGCAGUUGUUCCGCAAUUCAAAUUUGGCAAUAGAAAGCCUGGUUCACCAACGGCGUUACAAUUCGAGAUCACGGAGAAACACCUGAAGUCAUGUUCGAAGUUCCAAGAAUUAGCAGUUGAUGAAAAUCCAAUUGCGAUUCAAACGAAGCGCUCUUUCACGGCGCGAAACUAUGGCGAGGUUCCUAUUACCAUAUCGGGUAUCCGGGUGGAAGAUAUCCUUUGCGAGGGAUAUGGCUUCAAGGUGUUAGACUGUUCCCCGUUUGAACUGCAACCGAACGCCAGUAAGAAAAUAGAAAUAGCGUUUUCACCUGACUUCACCCUGGCGAGGGUGACCAGAACGCUCAACUUUGAUACUAAUAUAAAUUUUCCAGUCAAUUUCACCCUGCUGGGAACCGUUCCAGCGCAUGGAUUGGAAUCUUGUAGUUUAAGCUUGAGCAGGCCAUGGUUCGAAUCGAUACUGAGAAUCAUCUUGAUUGGUAUACUUUCGAUUACUUUGGUUGGAACUCUGCUGGCUUCGUUCCUCGAUGCAAAUAAAGUUAUCAAGGAUCAUAUAAUCAAUCUGUCGAGGGACAGAGGUCCUAUCCAACCACCUCUAGAUCUCAGACAAAUUGCCUUGCAGAGCCCAACAUCUGCAGAAGAGGUCACUGCAGAGAAAGCUCCGGUCAGCCGAAGCCACCAGAAUAAUAAUGCAAAGAAAAAAGCGCCUCCCAAACAAUCGAAAGUUUCUAACGGAGGUGCAUUCAACAAGACUUGGAAUGAUUUUACGUCAAAGCUCGGCAGGGGAUUCAGUUCCAAGGUCACUGAACCUGCAACAAAUAAAUCCUCACCAGAACUGGAUAAAAGAGCUCAGAAAAACCGACGGUCUAUUACUCCUCCUAAGGAGGAAACGGCGUCUUAUGUUUCUACCCCGAACCAUCCGCCCCCCAGCAGCACCAAAGAACGCAACAAAUCUACAAUCGAUGAAGAUUCCAGUUCAACCACGACGGAAAGUUCGGAAACAUCGUCCUCAUCGAUAUCCUCAACGUCGACAUCGUCGUUAACUGCAGCAUCGUACAAAAUACCGUUCACCGAUUCUAAACCAUCUAAAUCAUCCACCUCUUCUAAUCAUCAUCAGCAUCACGCUCUGAGCAGAUCCCCUCCCAGUGACUUAAAAAAGGAUUCUAGCUCAAUCGUCAGCAUCAUCAGCAAUCAGAACACCCUAAACAGUGGUCAUCAUCAGCAGCAGCAAAGUAAGUCAGUGGCCUCGCCACCCCUUCAACAACCUACGGUUUGCAGCAAAGCUAAUGUCAAGAAAACCAAGAGCCUCCCGUUUCAAUAUGAGUCCGGUGGAAUGGCGCUAUCACUGGGAACAUCAAUUAUUGCACCACAGCAGCAGCAGACAAAAGCUUCAACGGGCAAGGAUUCACUAAACGGCUCAGUUUCCGGCUUGCGUAACAACGGGAACAAAAAUAUCGGAAGUGAAAAGUCUACGGGAAAAAGUUCAUCGUCGCACGGGGGCAAAUAUGCGGACAGGUCGUCAAGAGAGCAUAACGGCAAGGAGAACGGACCUUCGUUCAGUGAGCAUGGUGGAAAGAACGACUCGUCCCAGUCUAAGAAAUUUGGAAAAACUCCAGGCCGCGAGCGCAAAUCAAAUAAUGGCAACAAAAAAGGCUCCAAAACUAUACACAAGGCUCAAGCUCUACAGUUCGGUGGCAAACCCGGCAAUAAUAGCAACGCCAAUAGCGCCAACUUUUUCCUUACCAAUAGCAACAUUCCUUCCGGAGGCAAUCAAUUUUCAGCACCGCCGAACAUAUGGGGAGAGAACCGAGCUCGUUUUAGUGAUGUUGUGGCCCAAUCGUCAGCUGCUCCAGAGAAGUCAAGCACCAUCAAUAGUGCCAGCUCUUCAGGCGCAUCGAAAAUGUUAAACUUUGAUUUGUUGGCCGCAAACAUGAAUGGGUUUGGUGUAGGCGCUGUGACAUCUCCCCUCAUAUCAGACCAGCUUCAAGGUGAUGCAUCGAAAGUGGCUGCUACUCUUUUCGGCAAAGCGAAAGAUGAUAUUUUCGUUCCCAUUGAAAAGGACAUGGGUAAGGGUGUUGGAUCAGAGCUGGGUGCCAUUGGUACAACAAAGAAAUCUCCUACGGCAACUCCAAUGUGCUGGGACCCCUUUGGAAAUGCUGUUCAACGUCCCAUUCCCGUUUCUAUGAGUAACGACCUGACCGGCUCGGACAGUUACUUCUCACAAGCUUUCGGAGACUAUAGCAACAACAGCGAUAAUUUCCAUGGAACUAGAAGAGACAUCCAAGCUAAGUCCGCAUUUGGAUCACUGAACGCAAAUGGAAUAAAUACUUCCGGCGGUAUGGACUCUGUUAGGGAUACAAACCAAAUGCCGAUGAGUCAACGUGACUGGGAUGCGAACAAGAUUCUAUGGCAGAUGCUCCAAAAGCACGAGGAAUUGAAUACGGCAUCAUUGAUGGACUGGAACUCCCUUUGGUCUGCUCCCCCAGUAUUCUCGCAAGCUAGUCAUCUCCCACAGCAAUCCAAUCCAACUCUUUCUACUAUGCACAUGAAUUCGCGUUUGACAAACAAUUGGCUCAACACAGAGGCACCAUCUCCGAUGCCCCUUCGUGCUCCCCCAGGAUUUUCUCCGGUCAAGCCUACGCCGAACCCUUCGUUAGCAGUGCAGGGCCAGACGCAUCCGUUGAAUAGUUUGCAACCGCAUCAUCAGCCACAGCAACAGCAGCAAGACUCGAUUGGUGUCGCCAACACAAAUGCAUCCUCCGUUCCAGCGUAUGAUCCGUUCCGUUCGAUCUGGGCUCCGGCUAGCUCCAGCAGCGAUGUUUGGAAUGAAAAGCAGUAAACUGGACAGCCCGUAUUAGAACAGAUACGAUCUCUGUUUUGAAUGAACAAAGAAAGUAACAACACUGCUGAUUUACUUUUUACUUUAUUUUUUUUUAAUUCUUUGAACUAGUUUUUAUUGCAACCGUAGAUACUCAGAGAAAGGUUUUGAAUUAGAACAUAUUUUGUCAGUUUUGAAGGCGCUGUGAUUGAAACACAAAGCUAUUUUUUGUAACUAAUCUAUCUAUGUUCAGUUUGAAAUGUUUCUAAUAACUAUAUUUUAGUUUUCUUUAGAAUACUAACAAUGCACCUAGGUUCAUUUGUUUAUUAUUUGGUUACCGGAGGCUUCUCUUUCGAACAGCCUAGCCGAAAGCAGUUAUGUCACGAAACAGAUCGAUUGUCGAACCAGAAUUUGCAACUAUCAGGCAAACCGAUUGAAUUUGAAAACUUCGAAAUACAAACAAAUUUAGAUUGAAAGUCUUACAUUUAAACAAAAAUAUUCAAUACUUAUAAUAUCUUAAACAAAACACACAUAAAAUAUGAAGAAAGGAGAUGCUGAAAUUAACAAUUAACCAUGUAAUCGGAUUGUUACUGAACGAAGCUUCGAUCGCGACUCCAACAGUAUGCAAUUCCGAGUGAGUUCCCAGAAGGAAAACUUGGACAACUUGUUACACACACAGAAAUGUCUUGAAUUAUGAUGAUGACAACCACACGCUAAUGGAUCUAAUGCUGAUGAUGAUGAUUGGAUAUUGAGCAAGCAAAAUAAAAACAUACCAAUUUGGUAAAAGAAUUUAA